AUGGUUCGUUACUCCAACGAGUCCAUCUUUGGAAUCGCAAAUGAAUCUCCACCAUUGUAUAUGUCUAUGAAAAAUCAUGAUAACAUGACCACAAACACUAGCGCCUUCAAACAAGUAGUCGGUGAAGUCAUGCAAGAAUUGGCUAACGAUGUUGGGACAUCUCCAAAGAAAUAUGCACCAAAGAGGAAAGAAAAGAUCAAACUAUGUAACUAUCGCAAUUGUGGUCUUGAUAGCCAUUUUAGUGGUUCAAGUCACAAUAUGUAUCUAUUUGUUGUGGAAGAGAGGAAUGAAGAAUGUAUACUUCCUAAUGGACAAGAAAUAGCAGUAAAGAGAUUAUCUGUGUGUUCUAAUCAAGGUGUAGAGCAAUUUAUGAAUGAGGUGGUAUUUGUAGCCAAGCUCCAAUAUAGGAACCUUGUCCGGUUGCUAGGAGUUUGUUUGGCUGCAUACGAGAAGUUGCUUGUGUGCGAACUUGUUCCCAACAAAAGCCUCGACUUCAUCUUAUUGAGCGGUUACAUGGCCCCAGAAUAUUUGCUAAGCGGUGAGUUUUCGCUAAAAUCAGAUGUUUAUAGUUUUGGAGUACUAGUUUUGGAGAUUAUCAAUGGUAGAUUGGUAUUUGGUAGCAGAGAGAUAAAGAAUAUACUCCCUUCGUCCUGUAUUAGUCGUUUUGGUUUUGUUAACACAAAAUUUUAUGAAAAAUAG